UGUCAAACAAGGUGGAAAUCGGGCGUGGUCCAGAAUCGACUGGCCUGAGCCUCGAGCGUGCUUGAUCGGCCACAGGUGGUCAAGGGUUAAGAUAGUGUAGCUGCUGGGCGAGAUCCAGAACUGGGUUUCCUUUCUUGUUUUCCAUUCUUUGCCAUCUUGCACACAAUCACGAAGCACGACGACACGAGGCGCGUCUUGCCUCCAAACGUAGCUAUCUACACUUAGCACUGCCAGGGGACCGACCCGUCACCCAACCCAACCGCCCACAGCCAACACCCACCCAUCCAUCCACCCACCCACACACACCGCCAAUCAUGUUCUCCGGCCUGGCGGGCAAGGUGGCCAUGAAGAAGCUGGGGAUCCCGAGCGACGCGCUCGACAUGUCGGCCCUGACGGGGCCCAGCUCCGAGCCCAACAAGCUGCGCAAGAACCCACCGGGGACCGAGCCCGAAGACGGCGGCGGCGCGGCCGCCAACGGCGGCUGGCCAAAGUGGAUGACGGUCAAGAGCCUGCCGCUGACGGCGCAGGCCUGGCUCAACCCGCCGCCGCCGGCCGUGCCCGUGGCGGCCGAGGCGCCAAAGGUGGGCGACCUGGCGCCGCUGGACCGCGACCGCAAGAUCGAGUUUGGCGGCGGGAAGAGGGUGCUGGUUGUGUUUUUGCGCUGUGUCGGUUGUGCCUUCGCCCAAAAAACCUUCCUCCACCUCCGCACCCUCGCCAACCGCCACCAGGGCACGCUCCGCUGCAUCGCCGUCUCGCACUCGUCGCCCGAGGCGACCAAGAAGUGGCUAGACCUGCUCGGCGGCGCGUGGCAGGUACAGGUGGUCGUCGACGAGGAGCGCGCCAUCUACGCGGCCUGGGGCCUCGGGCUCGGCAACACGUGGUACCUCUUCAACCCGACCACGCAGAUCCAGGGCUGGAAGGAGAAGGGCUGGCUCGGCAACACGGUCGCCACGUCCAUCCAGCGCAAGGGCACCUUUGACGGUCGCGCCGCCACCCAGUCUUCGCAGCCAAACAGCAGCAACAGGCUGGGGAGGUCAAACACGGGCGGCUUGGCGGGCGGCAAGAAGGGGGGAGCCCCCCAGGGCCAGCCCGAGCCCGAGGUGGCCGAGGAGGACGUGGGCCCGUCGACGGCGCUGGGAAACAAGUGGCAGCAGGCCGGCGCCUUCGCCAUGGACGGCAGGGGCACCGUCGUCUGGGGCGGCAAGGCGCUGCGGGCCGACGACGUCAUGGACCUCGACAUGGGCGUCAAGAUCCUCGGCUUUUAAGGGCAUGUGUGUGGCGGGUUCGAAUCACUGCAUUGCUGGAUGGAGCGUGUUUUUGUUGCAUGGCAAAGGGAAGUAACCAUUUUCUUGUAGCGGCGUUUGGUGUUUGUGUUAUUUAACAUUUUGCAACCCAUUUCAAAUCCACGAUUUUGACAUCA